GGACCACCUGGAGAUCUUGGCUUCAAAGGCAUCCAGGGCCCUAAAGGGCCCCAAGGAAUCUGGGGGCAAGAUGACUUUGAUGCAGCUUUCCACUCCAUGUUGACUGCCAGUGCUGUCUUCAGGUCUGAGAGCUACGAACAGAUGGACCUUCCAGUGAUGGAUCAAGGAGGGGAGAUCUUUAAGACCUUGCACUACCUCAGUGUCCUCAUUCAGAGCAUCAAGAGACCCUUGGGGACAAAAGAAAACCCUACCCGUGUUUGUAAAGACCUCAUGAACUGUGAACAAAAGAUGCAGGAUGGUCUGAACAUUGGUAGCACCCACACUGUUCUUCUCCAGAACUUUGAUAAAAUCAGUGGCCUUCUCAAAAGAUGCCAGUAUAACUGGAUCUGGCCUCACCUGUUGCUUCUCUCUCGUCUUCUUCCUUCAGGCGUCUACUGGAUUGACCCAAAUCUUGGCUGUUCUUCAGACAGCAUUCAGGUCACCUGCAACUUCGCCCAAGGAGGUCAAACCUGCCUCAAUCCUAUCACAGCAUCUAAGCUGGACUUCGAUAUCGGAAGAGUACAAAUGAACUUCCUUCACCUCUUGAGCUCUGAAGUCGUUCAGAACAUCACUAUCCAUUGCUUGAACAUGCCGGUUUGGCCGGAAGGACCAUCAGAAGGAGCCUCCCUACGCUUCAAGGCCUGGAACGGGCAGCUCUUCGAACAGGGAGGGCAGCUCACACCGGACGUGGUGGUAAACAAUUGUCAGAUUCAAGAUGGUCAGUGGCAUCACACCCUCUUUACCUUCCGGACGUACGACAUCCAGCGGCUUCCGAUUGUGGGUGUGUAUAACCUUCCGCCAAGCAGUCCAGGGAAGGAAUAUUUCCUUGAAGUUGGGCCAGUGUGUUUCCUCUAG